CCUUGAUUCAAAGCUCAACCCACUCAGGACUGAGCCAACCUGUUGAGCGGACGGUGGGUGUUGGUUUCAGUCUGUCUAGAUCAAAUCUUUACUGGUAGUUCCUUCACAACCACGUUUCAAACGUCAACAUUUCACUUUCUUUAUUCUUGAAAAAGGUUAAAUCCACACUGUCAUGAUGAAGACUUUGGCACUAGUUUCCUUGACAUUUUUGUCCCUUGUGUUGGCAGAAGAUCAGCAGACAACAGAGGAUAACCCCUUCUAUUUUGAUUACCACAGACUUCGGGUCGGAGGUCUGGUCUUGGCAGCAAUUCUGUGUUUGAUUGGCAUCACUAUUCUCCUAAGUGGCCACUGCAGAUGCAAAUUCAGUCAGGAUAAGAGGAGGAGGACGGGAAGUAACGCUCAAGCAAUGCUCAGCGACACAGCAAGGGCCAGUGAAUGCUGAAAAGCCGCUGACCUGACCUGAACCAGUCAGAAGAGAUGUCCGCCUUUAUCCCAUGAGUUGGUUUAUCAGAGGAACCAUUUCUCUUUAUGACGAGGAACCUGAUACAAAAGUUCUCUGUUUUCACUGCCCUGCUCCAGAGGAAGGCGAAAAUCCAUAAACCGUUAUUUUUUUGUCAGAUGUGUCUUUUUAAUAUCAUUUAAUAUAAACGGAUUACCAAAAAGAGAAUGUAAAUAUUUUUUUUUUAAUCCUGUCAGUAAUGGUAUUCAAUGAUGAUGGAUGUAGGUAUGUAAGGGGAAGGGUUUCAAUGCCGUUGUACUGAAUCAGUCUUCACCAAACAUUACUGUAAGCUGUAGUGAAUCCAUCCAAUAUUACAUUUUGCAUUCUGUGUGAAGUAGUUUGGACUUGCUUUGGUGUUAAGUAACUAGUUGAAAAAGAAAUAUGAAAAGAUCACGCUGUCAUAUUUACAUUGCAAUAUUGUCAUGUGCUUGAUUUAUUUUCAUUUCCAGGCUAUUCAUCACAGACAUGCUAGUAGUAUUAAGAAUGUAUUUUUAUCUGUUGUGUAAAAACAUACACUAAAAUAAACAAAAAGGCACAAAAAA